AUGACCAACAACAACACUGGCAGCAUAGCACAAGCCAGGAAUCUGGUACAGCAGCUGAAAAUGGAAACCAAUAUUGACAGGAUAAAGGUGUCCAAGAUGGCUGUGGACUUGAUGGCCUAUUGUGGGACACAUGCCAAAGAAGACCCCCUGCUGACCCUAGUCCUGGCCUCAGAAAAUCCCUUUGGGGAGAAAAAGUUCUGCACUAUCCUUUAA